CAACAGUUGCGCUCGUUGUGUGUGUCGUUUUAAAGCGGUAAACUGCUGAAUGAGAGGACAUUUUAUUUUUAACGGCUCCCAUUCAGCUCCUUUCUUUUCAGCGUAGAAAGCGGCGUGUGAUUUCCUCUGCAUUUCACCGGAAUUCAAAAGAGACCGACGUCAGUUGCGGCUGACAGAAAAUAAUGUCCCUGGACCGCGGCGUCCUGAACGUCGAGUCAUCCCGCGCGCACGUCCACGAAGCGGCGCGUCGUUUCAACGCCGUCUUCAGGUGUUUCCUUCGCGGCGGCGGCGACAUAUAAUGACUAUGUCAGUCCCGGAGAGAAACUCUGGAUCCGAGGAGAAGGAGGAGGAGAGCGAGGAUGAGAGCGAGAUCGUGGAGGAGAGCCCCUGCGGCCGUUGGCAGAAGCGAAAAGAGCAGGUGAGUCAGGGGAAUGUUCCUGGAGUGGAGAGCGCCUCCCUGGCCAUGGACACUGAAGAGGGGGUCGAGGUGGUCUGGAACGAGGUGCUCUUCCAUGACAAGAAGGUUUUCAAGACAGUGGAGGACAAAAUGAAGGAGAUGUUUGAGAACCUGAUGCAGGUGGAUCAUCCGAACAUUGUCAAAUUUCACAAAUAUUGGCUGGACAUCGGGGACAAUCAUGCCCGGGUUGUGUUCAUCACAGAGUACAUGUCGUCUGGCAGCUUGAAACAGUUCCUUAAAAAGACCAAGAAAAACCACAAGACCAUGAAUGUCAAGGCCUGGAAACGCUGGUGUACACAGAUCCUCUCUGCCCUCAGUUACCUGCACUCCUGUGACCCUCCCAUAAUUCACGGCAACCUCACAUGUGACACCAUCUUCAUUCAGCACAACGGCCUCAUUAAAAUCGGAUCAGUUUGGCAUCGACUUUUUGUGAAUGUGUUCCCAGAAGGGGGCGUUCAUGGUAAACUACACCAAACCCGAGAUGAUAAGAGGAACCUGCAUUUCUUCAGUCCGGAGUACGGCUCAUGUGAAGAUGACUACGCCAUUGACAUCUUUUCUUUCGGCAUUUGUGCUUUGGAGAUGGCCGUGUUGGAGAUCCAGGCAAAUGGGGAUUCAGUUGUGUCCAAGGAGGCCAUAUCCAAUGCAGGCCAAUCGUUAGAAGACCCGCUUAUGAGGGAGUUCACCCAGAUGUGUGUGCGCCACAAUCAGGCUCCGCCGACGGCACAUGACCUGCUGUUUCACCGCGUGCUGUUUGAAGUGCACUCACUGAAGCUGCUCGCAGCACACUGCCUCAUCAAUAACCAGUACAUGCUUCCUGAGAAUUGCGUGGAGGAGAAGACCAAAUCAUACGACCCGAAUGGAGUCAUGGCAGAGAUUAUUCACAAAGAUCGUCCUCGCGUUCAGCUCAAGUACUCUCAUGUUUCUCCUCUAGAGCUGGACAAGUUUCUGGAAGAUGUAAAGAAUGGCAUUUACCCUCUGAUGAACUUUGCGUCCACUCGACCCCAUCCCGUACCUCGCGCCCUCUCCAUGUCCCAGGAGCAGGUGGAGACGGUGAAGACCCCCACGCCCGAGCCGCAAGAGGCGGAGACCAGGAAGGUGGUACAGAUGCAUUGUAACCUGGAGUCUAAUGAAGAAACGACUAAAACCCAUCUCACUCUUUUCUUGAAACUGGAUGAUAAACUCCAUCGGCAGCUCAGCUGUGAUAUUAUGCCAAAUGAUAGUUCCAGAGAUUUGGUUAAUGAACUUAUCCACCAUUCCUUCAUUAGCGAGGAGGACGGUGACAAGAUCGUGACGUUCCUGGAGGAAGCUUUGAACAGACACCGUGGGUCUGCUAGUGCCAUAACAACCAUAUGAAAACCAGUGGUCUGCUGCGAUGGACAUUUACACGCCAGUGGAACCUGAGAGGGAGGCCCGCCGACAGAAGAAGAAGGACAAUGGAAAUGAACGAUCCAGUUUGUCAGUUAGUAUGGAUAAUUGAAAUCGUGGUCAAAAAAGAUGACAGAACGUGGCAUACUGGUUUUGUGACAACGUGUGAUUGACCAGGUUAGGGGCCGCCAGAACUGCCCAUCUAAGAUGAUUGUGCUAACCUCCCCGAGUCUCCGUCCAGCACUUCCAGGUGUCCCUGUAGGAACCGUCCUUCCCGCAACCCCAUGGGACGCUUGAGGGCAGUUCGGCUUCUCUUGAAGAAAGUCGUCUGCGAUGUAGGUAGGAGGUGUCUGCUGUGGAGAGCUCAGUAGAUGAAAAAAAUAAAGUUUAGGAAAGCUAAUUUGUUACAGUUCAAUAGUGCCAGUUGUCUUCUUUUUGUGACGUAAACAUACAUGCAAGGCCGGAAACAUACUCUACGCAAGUAUGCUAAUACAGACGCCAACGCAUUGCAAGCGCAUGCGCGUUUUUUCUGUUACUGUGGCGUUAAAAAACCCCUCAGUACUCUGUGAUAGAGUUGCACAGAGUAGCAUAGCUAGAAGCAUUGACAUCGACUUACUCGCGUAGAUAGUGUUACCGUCCUGAGGAAAAAAUAAUUAUUUGGCAUUAUGGGAUUGAAGGGUCAAUUAGAAUGUACAUAUUCUGUCUUUUAGCUCGUCGGUUUUCUCAAAAUGCUAUCUUCCAAAUAUCUCCUGCGAAAGAAGUUGCUCUAAGGCCAGUCAAACGAAUGUGAUUGUAAUUCUCUCUGCAGUCCACGCAUCGCUCUGUCAUCUAUCACGAGAAUGUCUUAAUAUGCAGUCGGAGUGUUUUGCAUAUACAGGAAUGUACUGCCUUAUAUAAACAUUGCUGUUUGCUGGUGUCUAAUAACGCUAAGUGAAAAAUAUUUCAGUGAACCACACGUUUUAUACAGAUCGCACAUGUAAGAAAGGGGAAGGAUCCUGGUUAGUCAACCAGCUAACCAGCUGUCAAACCACGUGGUUUUGGUGAUGACUUUUGUAGAAUGUAUUGAGAUUGUAUACAUUUCUGUGGAAUGCACUUAAGAAGUUCUUUGUCAUGAGCACUUACUUAACCGAAUAAAGUCGAAAUAGCUCUAUUAAAA